ACCUCCCGACAUGCUUUUCAUCAAGGCCGAGACGAAGGGACGUCAUGAUGGAGUCCGCUGGUGGCUGAAGCAAUAAAUCUCUUUAAAAUUGAGUUCUAUAAAAUCUGAUACGUUGUUGUAUCUCCGGGGAAACGGAAGAAUCUAGCUAGUUAAUGACAGCUAGAUAGCUAACUCUGCUGCGGAGACGGUUGGUUCAGCUGGUAAACAUGGCGACAGACAUCGGUUCACCACAGCGGUUCUUCCACAUGCCACGGUUCCAGCACCAGGCCCCCCGGCAGGUUUUCUACAAGAGACCGGACUUUGCUCAGCAGCAGGCGAUGCAGCAGCUCACCUUUGAUGGUAAACGCAUGAGGAAAGCUGUGAACCGCAAAACCAUCGACUACAACCCGUCUGUGAUCAGAUACCUGGAGAACCGUUUGUGGCAACGAGACCACAGAGACCUCAGAGCCAUCCAGCCCGAUGCUGGGUUUUAUAAUGAUCUGGUUCCUCCCAUUGGCAUGUUGAACAAUCCGAUGAACGCCGUCACCACUAAGUUUGUUAGGACCUCCACCAACAAAGUCAAGUGUCCAGUGUUCGUCAUCAGGUGGACACCUGAAGGCCGUCGUCUAGUCACUGGAGCCUCCAGUGGGGAGUUCACUCUGUGGAAUGGACUCACCUUUAACUUUGAGACUAUCUUACAGGCCCACGACAGUCCAGUCCGAGCCAUGACCUGGUCUCAUAACGACAUGUGGAUGCUGACGGCCGACCAUGGCGGCUAUGUGAAGUAUUGGCAGUCCAACAUGAACAACGUCAAGAUGUUCCAGGCUCACAAGGAGGCCAUUAGAGAAGCCAGUUUCUCUCCAACAGAUAAUAAAUUUGCCACCUGCUCAGAUGACGGAACCGUUCGGAUCUGGGACUUCCUUCGGUGCCACGAGGAGAGGAUCCUCCGAGGUCACGGGGCAGACGUGAAGUGUGUUGACUGGCAUCCCACCAAAGGCCUGGUGGUGUCUGGCAGCAAAGACAGCCAGCAACCAAUCAAGUUCUGGGAUCCGAAGACUGGCCAGAGUCUGGCUACGCUUCACGCCCAUAAGAACACCGUGAUGGAAGUGAAAUGGAACCUGAACGGUAACUGGCUGCUGACGGCUUCACGGGACCACCUCUGUAAACUGUUUGACAUCAGGAACCUGAAGGAGGAGCUACAGGUGUUCAGGGGCCACAAGAAGGAGGCCACAGCUGUGGCCUGGCAUCCUGUUCAUGAAGGCCUGUUUGCCAGUGGCGGUUCUGAUGGGUCCCUGCUUUUCUGGCACACAGGGGUGGAGAAGGAGGUUGGAGGGAUGGAGAUGGCUCAUGAGGGGAUGAUCUGGAGUCUGGCCUGGCACCCGUUGGGUCACAUCCUGUGCUCCGGUUCCAACGACCACACCAGUAAAUUCUGGACGAGGAAUCGACCUGGUGAUAAGAUGAGAGAUCGCUACAACCUAAACCUGCUGCCAGGGAUGUCGGAGGACGGCGUGGAGUACGAUGAUGUGGAGCCGAACAGCAUGGCCUCCAUCCCUGGCAUGGGGAUCCCUGAGCAGCUUAAGGCUGCUAUGGAGCAGGAGCAGAGCAGUAAAGAGGCAGCUCCCGACGUGGAGAUGUCCAUCCCUGGUCUGGACUGGGGCAUGGACGAGGUCAUGGGUAAAGAUGCCAAGAAGGUCCCUCAGAAGAAAGUACCCUACGCCAAACCGAUCCCAGCCCAGUUCCAGCAGGCUUGGGCUGAGAACAAGGUACCCAUGAUGCCACCAUCUGGAGACUUGUCUAAAGACCGGAAGGUGGAGCAGAAAGUGGAGAUGAAAAAGAAAACUCAGGCCGAGAUUGAGCAGGAGAUGGCAGCUCUGCAGUACACCAACCCGAUGCUGCUGGAGCAAAUGAAGAUGGACAGGAUGAACCAGAUGAACACUGAUGGGAGCAUGGGCCCCCCACAAGCACAGGGCCCUAUACCUCCGUUCUCUGGACCCGGCGGACCUGGAGGCCCGAUGCCGCCAAGCCAGCAGGGCUUCUCUCCAAACAUGCCUCACCAGCAGAUGCCCAACAAUAUGGGCCCUCCCAUGGGCCCUGGAAGCAUGCAGCCUCCUUUUAUGCCUCCUGGACAAAUGGGGCCACCAUUAGGACCCCAGCCUCAUCAGGGGCCACCUCAGGGUAUGAUGGGACCAUCAGACAUGCAAGGACCCCAAGGCAUGCAGAGACAUUCUGGUCCACCGAGAAACAUGGGCUCCCAAGGACCUCACACUAUGGGAUCUAGAGGGAUGCAGGGGCCUCCUGGGGGGAUGAUGGGUCUUCCUCCUCGGGGAAUGGGUCCAAGGGACCCUCAGGGGCCUCCCCCACAGGGCAGUAUGAUGCCACCGCAAGGGAAUAUGAUGGGCCCCCAGGGUCCUAUGCAAGCUGGGAUGAUGGGACCCCCACCCAGAACGCACAGCAACAUGCAAAAUAACUAUGGAAUGGGCACUAUGCAUGGGCCCCCAGGUAACAUGCAGGGGCCUCCAUACAUGCAGCACCAGGGUCAGAACUCAGCGCCCAUGAUGCAUGGCUUAGGUCAGCAGGGGCCCAACAACAAAGCAGACCCUCGUGGGCCACCACCCAACCACCAUUUGGGGCCUCCUGACCGUCAGGGUCCUGGAGGGCCUGGUGGACCAGACCAGGGCUCGGGGCCUUACUGGGGGGACAAUCAGCAGAAUAGACGAGGGCCACAGGACUUUGAAGUAGGACAGGACUAUCAUGGGAGCAACGAGGAGAGCUGGAGACCUGGACCUGGACCGGGUUACCAGGGUGGAGGGGGGAGAGGCCACAGGGGGGGGGGGGCACAGAGGAGGUGGAGGGAACGGAGGCAGCUGGGGAUCCGAUGAGAGGUUCGGAGGAGGAGAGUUUAGAGGACGCAGAGACGAUCGGUUCAGAGGGGGUGGGCCGGGCCGGCCUGGUGGUCGAAGUUACCCUGAUGAAUACAGCAGCCAGGAAUACGGCGGUCAGGACGAGGGCUUUGACAGCUUUGAGGGCUUUGACGGCCCGGAGGAGAUGGGCCGAGGCUGGGAC